AGCGAGGGGGCGACUACCCGCAGGACAUGCUAGGAGCCCGCUUUGUUAGCAUGUUUCCCUUUUAGCUCGGAGCUGCGCACAGCCGUUACGCUGCCGUCUAUUAUUAGGAGCCCGUUUCUCUGUCAGCUGUGUUUCCCAAACGUCCAAUAACCAGUUAUUUGCGGCGUGUCCCCGUUCACCUGUCGCCGCGAGCCUUAACCGAGGGACUUCGCCGACGCGGCUUCAUCUGUGUGUCACCGCUUGUUGUCGGUGCACCACCGGCGCUCUGGACCCGUUUCUGACCGAGCACCGGCAGCAGAAAACGAUCGGCGUGUUACUAACCGUUGACAGCUGAGCCAAUGGCUUCCUAGAAAACACAGCGGCGCAAACAAAUUCCAUUGUUGGGAAUCCUCGAGGAAGACGACUUAGGGGAAAGCCACCGAACACCCCUCUCGUUCGCAAGGGCUCCCAAUUUCCCUCAUGACACAACAACAGCUCCUCUAUUGCCUCUUCCACAGUAUCUGUGCAACUCUCAGCAGAAGAACAGCACCCUGAGGGCCCAUUAAAUUGUUAUCUCAUUAAAAUGAAAAUUUAAAUCAGACCCUAUUAGAGUCAUCGAAAUGCAGGGCAGACCUGCCCCAGUGGUGAAUCUCACAAGCAUUUACAGUAAUCUUCAAAUAUGUUUAUGUUUUUGCUUGUAGAAUAUCUGAUGAUUUGCUUUAUUGAAGACAUUUGAGCAAUUUAAAAAAAAGAUUGGUGAAAAUAAUGAUGAUUCACUGAUGAGGUACAGUUAUUGACCUGUUUCUGUCAACAUCCUCAGGAGUUAAAGGGAGAACAUUUUUGAACAAAGAGAUUCCUUUCAGUCUUCUUCUACUCAUUCAUUUUUUUAGUGUCACAGAAAUAUUCACUGCUUUUUAUUCUUGAUGAUGUUUGGACAACGACAUGCUACAGCGCACUCAGCGAUGACCUGCAGCUCUCAUAGGAGUCUCCAGUAAUGCCAUGAUGAGGGGUAUGGCAGGACUCAAUUACUGAACAGAUCAACUGCAUCCUCAUGUUCAGAUAAAUCAAGAUUUGAGCGUGACAGAAAUCAGGUGUGCCCAGGAGAGCCCUUCUUUUAAUUUACCCAUGCCUGCGUGUGGUGCAAGGAUGCCCCUUAACCGUGUGCGCUGUUCCUGAGAAAGAGACUAAGGAGCAGGAGGAGGAGAACGGGAAGGAAAUGACAGAGUGCUUGACAGAAUGCAAAGCGCUGGUGACUCCGUCCACGCGCAACGGCCACCGCGUCUUCAGCUACACGCUAGAGAGCCACACGGCAGCCGCCUUUGCCAUCAUGAACGAGCUGCGUCUGGAGCGACAGCUGUGCGACGUCACGCUGCGCGUGCGCUACAAGGACCUGGAGGCGGUGGACUUUGUGGCCCACAAGGUGGUGCUGGCCUCCUCGUCCCCGGUCUUCAGGGCCAUGUUCACCAACGGCCUGAAGGAGUGCGGAAUGGAGCAGGUGCCCAUCGAGGGGAUUCACCCCAGGGUUAUGGACAGACUGAUCGAGUUUGCCUACACAGCCAGCAUCUCUGUGGGGGAGAAGUGUGUGAUCCAUGUGAUGAACGGCGCCGUCAUGUACCAGAUUGACAGUGUGGUCAAGGCCUGUUGUGACUUCCUGGUGCAGCAGCUGGACCCAAGCAACGCCAUCGGCAUCGCCAGCUUUGCCGAGCAGAUUGGUUGCGCAGAGCUCCACCAGAAGGCCCGAGAGUACAUCUACAUGAACUUCAGCCAGGUGUCGACCCAGGAGGAGUUUUUCAAUUUGUCCCACUGUCAGCUGGUCACCCUCAUCAGCCGCGAUGAGCUAAACGUGCGCUGCGAGUCCGAAGUCUUCCAGGCAUGUGUGGCCUGGGUGCGCUACGACCGGGAGAACCGACGACCGUACGUCCAGGCCCUACUCCAGGCUGUCCGCUGCCAUUCCCUCACCCCCAACUUCCUGCAAGCGCAGCUCCAGUCUCUAGAUUGGGACCCCCAGUGUAAAGACUACCUGGCACAGAUCUUCCAGGACCUCACCCUCCACAAGCCCACCAAAGUAAUUUCUUGCAGAACUCCCAAGGUGCCACAGCUCAUCUACACAGCUGGGGGUUAUUUCCGUCAGUCUCUCAGCUACCUGGAGGCCUAUAAUCCCUGUUCAGGAACCUGGCUGAGACUUGCCGACCUGCAGGUGCCCCGCAGCGGCCUGGCAGCCUGUGUGAUCAGUGGGCUUUUCUACGCCGUGGGUGGAAGAAACAAUGCGCCCGAUGGCAACAUGGACUCAAAUGCAUUGGACUGCUACAAUCCCAUGAACAACUGCUGGCUGCCGUGUGCGCCGAUGAGCGUGCCGAGGAACCGAAUCGGAGUUGGCGUCAUUGAUGGCAUGAUAUACGCAGUCGGUGGAUCACAUGGGUGCAUUCAUCAUAAUAGUGUGGAAAGGUAUGAUCCAGAAAGGGACCAGUGGCAGCUGGUGGCCCCCAUGUUGACACGGCGUAUCGGUGUGGGCGUAGCAGUCAUUAACCGGCUGCUUUAUGCAGUGGGGGGGUUCGACGGGGCCAACCGGCUCAGCUCAUGCGAGUCCUACAACCCAGAAAGGGACGAGUGGAAGACCAUGGCUCCCAUGAACACUGUGCGCUCGGGAGCUGGCGUCUGUUCACUGGGGAAUCGCAUCUUUGUGAUGGGCGGCUACGAUGGCACCAACCAGCUGAACACGGUGGAGCGCUAUGAUGUGGAAACUGAUACAUGGAGCCUUGCUGCCUCCAUGAGGCACCGGCGCAGUGCUCUGGGAGUCACUGCAUUACAUGGACGCAUCUAUGUAUUGGGAGGUUACGAUGGCAACACUUUCCUGGACAGCGUGGAGUGUUACGACCCAGAGAAGGACACCUGGUCAGAGGUGACGCACAUGACGUCGGGGCGGAGCGGAGUGGGCGUGGCCAUUACCAUGGAGCCCUGCCAGAAAGAACAGCCUCCGUGUCAAAUGUUCGAGAAGGAGAAUGGUGCGGCGUCCCCGGCCUAUCAGUCAGCCAACUCCGGGUUUGGCUUUCACCACAAUCGGAGGCACAGCGGGUCUUUUAGCAAAGGAACCUGAAGGUCCUCGCUCAGCCCCCGGCGCACAUAAACAAAAGACACUCAUCACUGUCUUCCCAUAUCACAAUAGAGACAGAGGUGAGCUGAGUUGCCACAUGCUGCCUCACUGGUUCUUCACAGUUGUUGUGAAUUAAAAAAAAAAAAAAGAAGAAGAAAUCGGUAACACUUUUUUUAAAAGUACAGUGUUGAUACUCCUCUAUAAGCUGACAAAAAAUUAGUAUGAGUCAAGGUUUCUUUUUGCAUUGGAUUGACCGAAUCCUGUACGACCCCUGAUCAUUCAGACCAGUUUCCAAGACCUUAGGUUCAAGGAAUUUUUUGUGUGAAUUGUCGCCAAAUCCGACGUGGACCUCAGUCAGUUUUUGUUUUCACGUCAGGCGUUUCAAGUCCUCAGUCGGACCAUCGUCUCCCAGGUUUCAGCCCUGGGAAGAAAGGGCUGCAUAUUAAAAAGUGGCAUUUAUGGGCUCGUAGAGUUGUCAGGAGAACAUUUGAUAAGGUUUAAUAUGAGGGGAGGGGAAAAUUCUGAAUGAUCCCAUAAUGUAAAAAAAGACAAACAGUAGCAUUUGUCAGUCGGUGUGGGCAGCAGAGUUCAUUUCAAGUGCCAUUAUGAUGCCUGUGGGCAUUACUGUCAUCAGUAUAUUGUCUUAAGGUGCUUGUGUGGGAGAGGAACAGUCACUGCGUGGUGUAGAAAUUGUAGAAGUUAACACAGAUGGCCACAAGAUGAAGCUUGUACAAGACAAUGGGCCUCAUGCAAGAACACGUUUAUAUUCUUGUCCCGACCCAUGUACUCGUGUGCUCAAAGUCAGUUCCAGCAAACUCUCUUCACCGCACAAACUUCUUUUAGAUUGUUCAUUCAAAACUGAUUUUGAACCCUCUUCAUGGGUUGCAAAUUUGUGAGACUUAUCUGUUUGGCUUAUUUUAAAUUAUUAGUUAUCGCUGCAAAAUAUGGCAGUAAAAUCAAAAAGAAAUACACCACAGAAAUCUCACUCUUGUUGUAUUAAAAAGUUAAAAAUCUACGGGUUCUUGCUUGAGGCCUCAAGUGUUGGUGAAGGGGCAGUGGCACCUUACAGUAACUGCAUUGUUACUAACCUGUUCUUUGACUAAAAGACACUGGUGGGUUCAUAAAAUGUGAAAAUAUUUGGGAAAAGAUGUUUAGAAAAAAAAAAUCACCUUGUCUGAUGUUAUUGGUAUGUGUGAGUGCCAAGUACAUGAAGAAACAGGUUGUGACUGUUCAGAGGAAACAGAAUACUGUAGCAUUGAAAAAUAAAUAUAUAUAUGAAUGUGUUUUCUAAAAACACUAAUUACUGACACACUUGAGAACCUCUCCCUUCAGCCGACCCUUUGGUUUUCACAUCCACCAGACCUCAGAAACAGAAGUGACCAUGUUUGUGCAUUAGUGUUCAAAUGUCGUAUGCUAAUGACAACAACUUGCUUACUGAAGUGUAUUUGUAACAGCAAUUUAAGCUGCAAAGGUUUUUAAGUGAUGUUUUGUACAUUGAUACUCCAAGACGUCUUGUACAGAAUUUGACUUUUUUUAUUUAUUUGUUCAGAUUCUUUUUGGUUUCCUCGUUCCUCUAAACUGACAUCAGCUUUGUAUUGAAUCGGACCCUGGUGUUGUGUUUUUGAAUAACUAGCAUGCAUUGUCACUGAGUAGGAAUGCCUGUUGAUGCUAAUUUUGAAUGUUUUUAAAAAAACAAAAAAAAAUGUUGCUUCUCUUUAAAGGGACUUUGUUUCCUGUCCGUCAGUAGUUGCAAUGGAAAUUAGAAUAUUUAAGGUCUGCUUUGUACAUUUAUUUCCCAGCAAAAAUGUCCUGUACAAUAAUACAUUGUAAAGUAAAAUAUAUGUUUAUUGUA